UUUGUGUUUUAUCGAGCAUCGACAAAAGCAUUAUUAAAGUACAACUUUACUGAGGUGCAGUUUGUUUUCGUGAUAACAAGUGUAAAGUGUUUUUAAAGCAGUUAAAUGUAAUUUAUCCUGCUUCAGUACUGCAUCACGAGCAUGGAAUAUGACAACGAAACCAUCUAUGGUUCGACGGAUGUUCCAGAACAGCAGCAAUAUCAAGAACAUUUCCAGCAACAACAUCAGCAGUCUUCGCAACAGGCACAACAACCGCAAGCUCAUCCGCCGAAAAAAUCUGCAAAGCAAAACAAUGCUUUACCGCUGUGGGGUAAUGAGUCUUCGAUGAACCUGAACCCGCUUAUCUUAGCAAACAUUCAGGGAUCGAGUUAUUUUAAAGUGUCCUUGUUCAAACUAAAGACUUACCAUGAAGUCGUGGAUGAGAUAUAUUACCAAGUCAAACACCUCGAACCAUGGGAAAGAGGCUCUCGUAAGACGGCUGGACAAACUGGAAUGUGCGGAGGGGUACGCGGUGUCGGUGCGGGAGGUAUAGUUUCAACGGCAUUUUGUUUGUUGUACAAACUCUACACAUUACGACUAACACGGAAACAAGUAAAUGGGCUGCUUACACACGGUGAUUCACCCUACAUUAGAGCAUUAGGUUUUAUGUAUUUGAGAUAUACACAGCCCCCCGGGGAUUUGUUCGACUGGUAUGAACCGUAUCUAUUGGAUGAGGAAGUAAUCGACGUAAAGGCUGGUGGCGGACAGGUUCUGACAAUUGGCCAUAUGAUACGGCAAUGGUUGACCAAGCUUGACUGGUUUUCUACACUUUUUCCUCGCAUACCAGUGCCAAUUCAAAAACAAAUUGAUGCUAAGCUCGAACAAUAUGCUCGCGAAAAUAACGUAUCAUUUGCCGACACUCAACCGGACCGUGGUGGUGGGGCUCCUGCCUCCGGAAAACAAGCCCGUGGAGGUGCAGCUUCAGGAUCUUCUGGGGGUACCCGAGGACCGACAGGUUUCGCAGAUGCUAGAGAUGUACCACGCCACGAACAAUCAUUCAAAGAAAAAUCUACCAAACGGGAAAUGUUUGAUCAUUGCGAUCGAGAUGCUCGUCCGUCACGUUACGAUCGAUUUGAAGAGGACUUCCCCCAACGGCGUGACCAUCGGGAACGCGACCACAAAGAAUAUCGAGACCGUGACCGCGAUCGGGACAGAGAUCGUACGAGGGAGCGGGAGCGGGAUCGUGAACGCGAUCGCGAGCGAGAUAAGGAUCGACACAGGGAACGUCAUCGAGAGCGCGAUAGAGAUAGAUCCCGUGACUACGAACGUAAGGAUCGAAUUCGUAACGACCGUAGGUCGAGAAGUCAUGAACGCCAUGAUAAUCGCGAACGCCGCGAGUAUGACCGCGAUCGGAGAAAGCGUUAGCAUAUUACGCUGUCGUAUUCGAUAUAACUUCAUUUUAUCAUCCUUUUUUAUUUUUAGGAACAAAUUGCUUCAAUAUUUUUGCCAGUUUCUAGGUUGAUUAGUUGAAGUAGAUAAUAGCAAUGUAAAACAUUACACAAGUACACGUGAAACUUGUAGAUGGCACACAUAAAAUCUAGAGUAUUAAUAUUAGCUACAGACAAACAUGUUACGAUUGUAAAUGUCACGAACAAACAUAGCGUAUGAAAAGUGCACAUUUAAAAACCUAAAUUGUGCUUAGCAAUGAAACGACAAAACGGGUUCACAAUACACAGAAAAUCAAACAGUCUAUUCAGGCGUUUCCACUAUCCAAAGUUUUCACCGAUUCGUUGUUUUUUUAUUUAUCUACUGCUCAAAACAAC